AUGACGUCUGCAGCCCAAGAGCACGGCGCAGCGCCGGUCUCGCAAGCAGAAGCCGGCAUCACCCCAACCUUCCCCCCAGUCCGGGCCUGCCUAUUCGACAUGGACGGCCUGCUGAUCAACACCGAAGACCUGUACACCAAAUGCGCCGACAUCGUGCUGGAGAAAUACGGCAGACCGGGCCUCCCCUGGGACGUCAAAGCGCAGCUGAUGGGGAUCCCCGGCGCCAGCAACGGCGACACCUUCCACAACUGGGCUCAGCUGCCCAUCUCCCGGCAGCAGUUCUUCGAGGAGCAGUCGGAGCAGCAGCGCAUCCAAUUUCCCGAGUGCCAGCCCCUUCCCGGCGUGCAGAAGCUGCUCGAGAAUCUGAAGAAGGCGGAGACUACGAGUGGUCAGCAGGUGCACAUCGCGCUGGCUACCAGCAGCGAGCGGCGCAAUUACGACAUCAAGACCUCGCGGCCCGGGACCAAGGCCGUGCUUGAUAUAAUUCCUGAGGAGCACCGCGUUCUUGGAGACGAUCCCCGUGUCAAGAAGGGCCGCGGCAAGCCCGCGCCGGAUAUCUAUUUGCUGGCGCUGAAGUCGGUCAACGACUCGCUGCCUGAAGGUACGCCGCAGAUCUUCCCACGGGAGUGCCUAGUCUUCGAGGACAGCGUGUUGGGCGUCGAGGCCGGACGACGGGCCGGCAUGAGAGUCGUCUGGGUACCACAUGCCCGUCUCGCCGAGGUUUACAAGGGCCAGGAAGCCGAGGUCCUGGCCGCGAGGAUAGCGCUAUGUCCCAUCGGGGAUGAGCACCAGCUUGGGGAGGUCGGGGAUGGUUGGGCGGACCAACUUCCCAGUCUCGAGGACUUCCCAUACGAGAGGUACGGCAUCGUGGUUUCGUGA